GAAUAUUACUAAAGUAAGAUGUCGUACGUUGGGAUGGGACGUGUUUUUAACAUCGUGUGUUUUUAUCUCCUAUUAUUAGGAGUUGUAAGUGCUAAUAAUCAACGAGUUGCUAAAGAAUCUUUAGUAGAAAAGCUCGAUGAAGAAAAUUGGGAUCGUAUGCUUCGAGGAGAAUGGAUGGUCGAAUUCUAUGCUCCAUGGUGUCCAGCCUGUAAAGCUCUCGAACCAGUAUGGGAGCAUUUAGCUUCUUGGAAAGAAAAACUUCAUAUAAAUGUUGGCAAAGUAGAUGUAACUGAUUCACCAGGACUUAGUGGACGUUUCAUGGUUACAGCAUUGCCUACUAUUUAUCAUGUAGUAGAUGGCGUCUUUAGACAGUACAAGAGUCCAAGAGAUAAAGAAAAUCUUAUUCAAUUUGUAACUGAUAAAACUUGGGAAAAGAUUGAUCCUAUACCCAGUUGGAAAAGUCCAACUUCCAUUCACAUGUCUGUCCUUAGUCAAUUCUUCAGAUUAUCACAAGUAUUAAGGGGCAUUCAUAACAAUCUCAUGGAAGAUUUUGGAUUACCAACAUGGGGAAGUUAUUUGAUUUUUGCAAUAACAACUAUUGUUCUGGGUGCAUUAUUGGGCUUGAUUAUUGUAUGUCUCAUUGACUUGAUUUAUCCACCUAAACCUAUGCAAUCUCAAGGAAAGAAAAAACAACAGGAUGGUAGUAGUGCAGCUUCGCAAGAAAAAAGUUCGGGUGAUGAUGAAAUCGUUGAAAAUGUAAAAGAUGAUUUGGUUGAUGAAGAAGGUUCAGAAUCAGAGGAGGUGGUGGUUAAUGAAACAAAUAGUAAAGAAAAAGAUUCCAAAGCAGAUACCAGCAGUCCGAAUGUUCGCAAGCGUAAACCACGUAAAGCUGAUUAGAGGUAUUAAUUUGUUAAGUGUAAAUAAUUCAUGGUCUCAGAAAAUUGCGCAGAUGAUGAUAUUUACGCAUUUGUUGUUGCGAUCCACAAUUAAGAGUCGAUCCCAAUGUUGUAAUGUUGCUAUUUUGCACUUGACAUUACACUCGUUAAAAAACAAAAACAAAAAAAAAAGAAAGAAAGAAAAAU